AUGUCCAACAUACUAUCAGUAUUCAACCCCCCACCCGCCAGGGACAUCCCAGAUGAGUCGUGCUUGCCAUGCACGGCCAUCCAGUCGCUCAUGUCGUUCGCAGGUGGUCUUUACCUCAAUCUGAACUCGCUUUUCAAGGACCUGAAGGGAAAAAUCAACCUCCACAAGAACCCCAUCUGGUGGCAGAACUCGGUCAAGUCGCUUGGUAUCUUGUUGAUAGGUCUCGGAGCCUACAGGGCAGGCGAAGUGGGCCUUAUGGUGUGGAACCGUAAACGGAACUGA